UGGAGUGCGGACUGUUUGGAUUUGAGAAGUAAACUGCAAGACAGCUGAUGGAAUAUGGGAGAGAGCUGAACAUAUGAAAGAAACUGAAGCUGAAUAUAGAUUCAGUCUGUAUCCUGAUGAAAUUGAGAUAAGGUGAAUGGGAACUGCUGCGUUUUCCUGCAAUACAAAUCUCGUCUGACAGAGUUCGUUUCAAGUACUGCCCAGCUGUAUGUUGUUUAAGAGGAGCCUCUAGGGGAAAAUCAGAGCAAAAGCUGGGAAAGGAAGUGAAAGCAUUUUUCAGGGCUAUCGUUAAAAGACCUGCCUCAAAGUGGUACAUCUGGCAAUUGAAAGCAGGAGGUAGGAAAAAACAUCCACGGCUACAGGACAGGAAGAGCAAGCAGACUCCAGAGAGAGUCUGACAAUAACCUGAAGAAAAGACUGUCAGGAGAAGAAGAGGAAAUGGCUUGGAUUUCACUUUGGAAGCGUGUUUUCUACCUGACUGUCUUUGGAUUGCUUUACCCAGCCAUUAGCUCUGGGGAAAGCAGUGGUCAUUUUACCAGCACUGAAGAAGUUCCCACUGAGAUAUCUAGCACCUCUGAAGAUCAACAUUGGGUGGAAAUAGAGAAUCAAUCUCAGAAGAACUGUGCGACAGGUUUCUACAGCGUAGAUAAUGGAACGUGUCUCCCUUGCAAAUGCCAUGGGCAUUCAGAGCAGUGCCUGCCUAAUUCUGGAAUCUGCAUUCAAUGUCAGAAUAACACAACUGGAGACCACUGUGAAAAAUGUCUUGAUGGAUACAUUGGUGAUGUCGUUCAAGGCCAUUAUAAGUCUUGCCAACCUUGCCCUUGUCCUCUGAGUGUGCCUUCAUACAAUUUUGCAGUUUCCUGCAUGAUUAAGAAUGAUAAAUUGCGUUGUAUGUGUAAAGAAAAUUAUGCUGGAUCCAAAUGUGAAAGAUGUGCACCUGGUUACUAUGGCUCACCUUUGACACAGCAAAGUUGCAAAAAAUGCAACUGUAAUGGCAACUCUGAUCCUAACCUAAUUUUUGACGACUGCGAUGAAAUAACUGGACAUUGCCGCAAUUGUCUGAAAAAUACAACUGGGCUCCAUUGUGAGCAAUGUGCCUCGGGUUACUAUGGAGAUGCCAUCAAAGCCAAAAACUGCACAGAGUGUCCUUGUCAGAAGUGUGGAACCAGUGAAUGUGAUUAUGUGACUGGGCAUUGCCAAUGUAAGCCAGGAGUUACAGGAGCCCUGUGUGACCAUUGUGAGAUUGGUUACUAUGGAUACAGCAGCUGUUCCGGGUGUUCGAAAUGUGAGUGUGCCCUGGCUGCGAAGGAUAAAUAUUGUGACCCUUUGAACGGCCAGUGCUCAUGCCUACACGGAGUUACUGGAAAGCGCUGUGACCACUGUUUAUAUGGGUUCUGGAACUAUGGACCAUACGGGUGCCAGAGGUGUGAAUGUGAUGGACCCUGUAACAGUGAGACAGGAGAGUGUAUGUCAGCACCCACCGAGUCACCAGUUAAUUGCUCAGUUGUCAGAUGUGACAAGUGCAUCGGGGACUUAAUUGAUGAUAUGAAAAUAGCAGGAUCGUCACUGGAAGAAGCUAAAUCUGCUGUUUUGAAUGUUAUUACUGGUGAUGUCUUUAACAGCAGAUUAAACAAAUUUAAUCUCACAGCAAUCGAAUUCAACAACCAGAUAACUGAGAUGAGAAAACAAUCAGAAUCACAUAGACUUUGGAUCAGUGAUAUUGAAACGGCGGUCCAAUCCCUGCUUACUGAUCUUAAUGAGUUGGCUAAGAAGGAGCAAGUAACUCACAGCAAUGCCCAGUUAUUUGACAAAAAAACAGGCAAAACCAGCAACCGUGCCACCCAGAUCAACAGACAAAUUAUGGAUAUUGCCAAUCUGACCCAAGAUAUUAUAGAAGGCUUAAUUAAGUAUGGAGUGCAAGAAGAGCUUGCACCUGAUGAAAUUGAUUCAAUCUAUGUUAAGGUCGAAAUAUUGCUGCAAGAGAUGAGAAAACGGAAUUUUUCUGACCGCGAACAACUCGCUGAAGAUGAAAGAAUAGAAGCCCAUGAAAUAUUAGGUCGUGUUCAUGGACUCGAAAGGAAGGUGAUGGAAAGCAAUUAUUCUGUUCAUGAAAUAUUGGAGAACUUUACCAACUAUGAGAGUAAACUCUUAGACCUGAAAGAGGCUCUUGAGGAUGCAAUCAAGACUGUUCGGUUAACGGAGGAGAAGAACAGACAAAGCAUUAAUCAAUAUCACAGGAAUAAGAGAUUACACAAUGAAUUGAACAAACACUUUGACGCUGUUAAUGUAACACUUCAGAUGGCUACGGAUGAUCUGACAGACACAUCGAUUGUUAUUUCAGACAUAAAAGACAAAAUUGUGAACCUGUCCGCAUUCCAUGCCUCAAUAGACGGUGCCCAUAGUGUACUGCAGCACAAACUAACUAAUCUGUCUUCUUAUGAUAAGCCCUUGGCUCUCCGGGCUAUAGAUUAUGCCAAAGAUCUUCAUAAACUUGCUUCAGAAUUGUCCAAUAUCUUGAAAAGUAUAGAUGCAAAUGGUGUUGUCCAGAAAGCAAUAGAUGCUUCAAACGUCUAUGAGAAUAUUGUCCAAUAUGUGGCCGAAGCUGAGAAGAAUGCAUCUACUCUGCUCAGUGCUGCACAGAGGGCUGAAGAUGCUGUUGAAGGAAUUCAAACACAGAGCACAUGGCACAGAAACAUCAGUGAAGACCUUUUGAACAAAGUACAUGAUUUGGCUGAGACCAUGGAAGAUGAUAGUACUUUUUAUGAGACUAGGCACCGCGUAGCUGCAGUUACUCGGAAGAAAAAUGCAACAGUGGACCUCCUAACAAAUGCCAUCAAUGAACUGGCAUCAAUUGAGUCAAAUAGCGACCGGUUGAACCGAUCGAAGCUAAUUGCCAAAGAAGCAAUGGAUACUUCUCAAAUGGUUCUACAGACAGUCAACCCAAUGGGUGAACUGGUGAGAGGCUGGCUUCAGAACCUGAGCACUUCUGCUGACGAUGGAAUUGCUUUCAAGAAGACUGUCAGCUCAGCUGGGGACACAGUGAAAAAUCUGACAGAAAUAGUUCCACAGCUUUUGGAUAAACUUAAAGUUGUGGAAGAAAAAAGGCCAGCUAGCAAUAUUUCUGCAAGCAUUCGGCGAAUCCGGGAACUCAUCGCACAGUCAAAGAAUGUGGCCAGCAAGGUUCAGGUCUCCAUGAAGUUUGAUGGCCGAUCCGCUGUUGAACUUCAUACAAAAACAAAUUUAGAGGAGCUUAAGUCCUUUACUUCAAUGAGUCUGUAUAUGCGAAUCCCUUCAUUAACGGAACAAGCUGCCAUACGAGAUAGAUUCAUUAUGUAUCUUGGAAACAAGAAUGGAGGCCAAGAUUACAUUGGUUUGAGUAUUAAGAAUGACAAUCUGGUUUUCGUCUACAACCUUGGAAGCAAAGAUGUUGAAAUCCCCUUAAACUCAAAGCCAGUGAGCACUUGGCCAAACUAUUUCAAUUUAAUUAAAAUAGAAAGGGUUGGAAGGCAUGGGAAAAUACAGCUAACUGUACCCAGCCCAGGCAGCACUGCUGAGCAAAAAUUCAUCCAGAAAGGAUCAGCUGAAGGCAAUGAUUCUCUGCUGGAUCUGGAAGCAGAUGACAUGGUAUUUUAUGUUGGAGGAGUACCCCCAGGUUUCCAGCUUCCUGGGAGCUUGGACCUGCCUGGUUUUGUUGGCUGUAUUGAAAUGGCCACACUCAAUGGUGACAUCACAAGCCUUUAUAAUUUCAAGCAGGUAUUCAAUUUGAACACAACCGUCCAGGUACCUUGCACCAGGUACAAACUUGCUUUUGCCCAAAGUAGGGCUGCCAACUUCUACUUUGAUGGUUCGGGCUACGCUUUUGUGCGCAACAUCCUAAGGAGAGGGAAAUUCAACAUAGCAACUCGGUUCAGUCUGGACAUUCGCACUUCAGCUGAUAGUGCCCUCCUACUACUCAUGGUGAAUGGGGAUAUGUUUUUCAGUAUGGAAAUGCAAAAUGGCUACAUACGAUUGGUUUAUGACUUGGGAUUCAGCAAAGGCCCUGUAGUCCUCGAGGAUACUGACAAGAGGAAGCUUAUCAAUGAUGCAAAAUAUCAUGAGGUCUCAUUCAUUUACCACAAUUACAAGAAGGUAAUCCUGCUGAUCGACAGAACCAAUGUAAAAAGUAUUGAAAAUGAAAAAAAGAACAUGCAGUUCUCUAAUGUCUAUGUUGGAGGAGCCCCUGCUGAGAUCUUAUCAAGGCUCAGGUCGCACAUUGCUGUAGAUGCAGGGUUUCGGGGUUGUCUUAGGAGCUUCCAGUUCCAGAGGAGAGACUUCAAUGUACUAGAGGAAGAGGAGACGUUCGGAGUUAGCAGUGGCUGUACAGAAGAUUCUCUUAUGUCACGCAUGGCCUACUUCAAUGGUGAAGGUUUCAUCUCUUCCGCCGACAAAAUCAUACCCUUUUCGAAUUUCGAAGGAGGCUUCAACUUCAGGACCUUACAGUCAAAUGGGCUGCUUUUCCAGUACAAUGAAGGAGCUGAUAACUUCUCCCUUGCAUUGGACAAUGGUACUGUCAUUUUCAAAGUUAAAAAAACAACUUUGCACUCUACAGAGAACCAAUAUAAUGAUGGUCGGAAUCAUUUUGUUAGAGCAACUGUCACCCCAUCAAGUUGCCAAUUAAUUAUAGAUGAUAAAGACACAGCAACAGAAGUUUGCUCCUCACAAGAAACAGGGCAAACAAAAGGGAAAUUCUACUUUGGAGGCUCACCACACAGACAGCACGCAAACCUCACAGGUUGCAUCAACAAUGCGUACCUGAGUAGACUUGGUAAAGAUAUUGAAGUAGAAGAUUUCCAGACAUACACUGAGAAAGUACAAGCCUCUCUACAAGGCUGUCCUAUUGAGACUCUGCCAGCAGCAAUUUCUCUUAAGCAUGAAAAGAACUUUGCAAAAGCCAAGAGAGGACGCGAUAGAAAGUUGGGGACCAAUAAAGAAGAAUCAGUAAAACAUCCGAUAGCCCAUGAUUCAAAGACAGGAGGAAAUAACCUGAAUGAAGAUGUACACUGCAGCAAAACCAACAAUCUCAAAACAAUCCACCGUGCCUAUCAGUAUGGGGGAAUUCCCAACAGCAGGCAGGAGAUUCAUGGAAUCCCUCAGUUUUUCAACAGUAGGUCUCAUUUCUCCGUCAAUGUGAGAACUCAUUCUUCUCACGGACUCAUAUUCUACGUGUCGAGCGAGAAUGAAGACCAGUUCAUGGCGCUUUUCAUCGCUCGCGGAUACUUUAUUUACACGUUCAGCAAUGGCCAUGACAAACUGAAAAUAAAGAGCACAAAGAAAUUUAAUGAUGGCAUCUGGCACAAUGUCAUCUUUACACGUGAAAAUAACAAAGGGCGAUUGGUAAUAGAUGGUCUCCAUGCUGUGGAGAACAAUCUCAACAUUCCUAUUUAUUCAUGGCAAGUCCAGGAACCAUUCUACAUAGGUGGUGUGCCUCUACAAAAAGCUGGAAAGAACAUUCAGGUCAAAUCCAUCCGAAGCUUUAGUGGUUGUCUUCAGAACUUCCAGCUGAAUGGUUGGUCUCUUCCACCAGCUACCCACACAUUCGGUGUCACACCUUGUUUCGAAGGCCCAACUGAACCAGGGGCUUUCUUUUCUGCAGAAGGAGGAUAUGUGAUACUGGAUGAUUCUUUCAAUGUUGGAUUACGAUUUGAGCUUGUGUUUGAAAUCCGUGCUCGAAAUCAUUCAGGAAUCCUGAUACAUAUUCACAGUUCCAGCCACAAAUACCUAAAUAUCUUCAUGGAACAUGGGAAGAUCACGUUAAAAGUAAGCAAUGGAACUGCAGAGUUUGAAACUUCAGUAACUCCAAAGCAAAGUCUCUGUGACAGUCGGUGGCACAGAGUAGCAGUCAUCAGAGAUUCAAAUGUUGUGCAGCUGGAUGUCGACUCUGAAGUAAAUCAUGUGGUGGGGCCAUUAACAUCACAUUCUUUCAACAAGAAGGAACCAGUAUUUGCUGGCGGAGUGCCAGAGUCAUUGCUCAGCCCAAAACUGAGAAUACGCCAUUCAUUCACUGGCUGCAUGAGAAACUUCAACAUCAAUGAAGCUCCUGUCAUUUUCACCAAAGCAGCGCUGGUCAGCGGAGGAGUCAACAUCAACUCUUGCCCAGCGCCAGCAGCCUAGUACUUGUCAACUCUGCUUCUAUGAGUAAUAUGCAGGAACGUGAAGGAAAGCGGAGACAAAUUACUUUCUCGUGAAGUUUUCAGGGGCAGGGUUGGGGUCCAAAUUGAUUUGGUCGGGUCACAUCAAUACUUUCAUCCCAUCAGUUUUCCAGUUUGUUCAUGAACAUCAUUUUACUUUUCCAAGUGUAAUCUAUUUAGAACCAAUAAAUGUUCUGUUUGCUCCUUC